ACUGCUCCUCUUUUCUUGCUUUCACGGUGGCUCAGUGGCUUCACAACGCGUUUGCACCUCAACGGCACGUCUUCAAGACUUUCGUCGCACUGGCGUACCCGUUCAACCUGUUCUCCCCCGUCUACCUUGUUAUUCCCAUCUUGCUCAUCCUGCUUCGUGUAGUCUAUUCCCAAGCGAAACGCCUCAUAGGUUCCCGCAGUUCGAAGAUCAAAUCCAUGAGCUAUGUCGUCAAGUGGGGGAGGGAAAGACUGCACUUCCCUCUCCCUCCUCCGAAUGCCAAACUCGCUGCAAUCCGAAAGCAAAUAGCGGAGUAUACACAAUUACCGGAGAAUUCUUUCAAACUCGUCCAUGCUGGCGCGGUCAUGAAAGAUGACAACGCUCCGAUAUCUGCAUAUGGAAUCAAGGAGAACUCAACACUCGCCAUAAUCGGCGGUGGAGAACACGGCGUUGAAGAAUUCAAGGCCAAGAUACCCAUUAGUACUAAGACCGCACAACGACGAACCGAAGAGACUACUAUUUCGCAAAUCCGCACCGAGCUCGAUAAGGUCCGACAGAACCUUCAACCUGAUGUAGACAGCUUCCUUUCCACACUCAAACCUCCACAAGCCGCGCCUACGUCACCGACAACUACUGAUUCUCCACAACCUGCACAUGUUGGCAAUGCAAUCUCGGGAAAGAAGCCUAAAGAGAUGGAGCAGGAGCAUGCUAGACUUGGGGAGUUGUUGCUCCAGUCAUUACUGCGAUUAGAUGCUAUUAAUGCAGAGGGUGAAUGGGAGGAUGCGAGGAAAGAAAGGAAGGGUGCCGUGCGCGAGGUGCAGAGUUUGUUAGACAGACUAGAUGGCGGUUGGAAAGCCUCUCGUUCCAAGGCCUAACUUAUUUCGCGAUAUCUUUGUAUCAUUUCGCAUCACUUAUACUUGGUUUCGAUAUCAUGCAUCAACAUCGUUGACCCCAGUCCCAGCAUCUCUUAUUUGACCUUAAAGUG